CUUUCCUCUUUCCUGUCUUCUUUCGGGAAUCUUCUGGCUUUUUUCUCUUGAAUUUUCCAUAUAAAUGGCACAGCAACCCACGUAUAUCCUCUCUCCCAACUUCCAUUUCAAGCCAGGAACGGGCCCUAUCGGAUUAGGGAACAUAAUAUCACACCCCCUACGACCGCACCGAGCCUUGACAACUGUCGAUGCGACGACGCUAGAGAAAGUUUACCCGCGGAUAGAAAGAUUUACGGACUACGAGCGAAGUAUUGAACGAGGCGACAGCCGCGAUGUCUCGAUGAGCUUGUGGGCAGUGUUCCUGCAGACGGUAUCCGGAAAGCUAUCGGGCGGACGGGGUAGCGAUGUGCGAUCAAACUAUACGAUGGACCAACUGGAGACAGUAUACUUUGUCACCGACCCUUCGCUAGAAGAGAUCCAAGCACGUCUAAAGUCCCCUCGGGUUCAGGCUGUGACCAAGGCAGGCAGGAUUCCUGGGCUCAGGAACCCUGUUUACAUGGUUACGGGUCUCAUGAUAGCGAAAGGAUUUACCGCCAGUAUGGAGAACAACCAGCGCCACAAUGGGGAGAUUGAGGUUGGCGGCAAUAUUCCAUCGCCGGGAAUUCAGGUUGGCGCUGGAGCUAAUCUCGCCAAAUUGACCAGCACAGAAGAAUCAGAUACUUGGCGGGCGGGCGAGGAUAUAGUGUUUGCAUAUCAGCUUCUCAAGAUAGAAGUCAAGAGUUGGAAAGGCGAUAGAGUUAAAUACGAUGAGCUGAGGCACAAGGCCGCCUACUUGGGCAAAGAUGAUGAAGAUGAGACAGAUGAGGACGACGAUGCCGUGGAAGAGAUCAUCAUAGGUUCAGCUGAUCCGGGCACUUUAUCCAGUGAUCAUGACCAAGGGAGUAUGAAUGUGACAGAAAUUGGAGAGGGGGAUAGUCGAGUCAGCUGUAUUUCUUCGAUAGUUGGGAGUAAUCCCUGACAUAGAGUAAUCAGUUCUCAUAAUCAGAGCCCAGAUAACCUG